CAGACGUGUCUUGUGUAUUGAUGAAUAAGUCAUGAGUACUUUGGAUACUCAGUCACUCGACUGGAACUAACUUUCCCAUCAGCCCUGCUUAUCAACACUGUCCAAUCAUCACGAAGGUGACGUCAUGCUACAAAUGGUACUAGUUUUCCCGGAAGAGUUUUGCUUUCCAACGGUACAAACAUUCAUCUGAGCAAUUAUUAUUACCCCAUAUAUAGUUAUGAAACUGGGUGAUAACUGAGGAUAUAGAUUAUUUUUUUCCUCGGAGCGAAAAGUGUAUUUUGGCAAAAGAAACAGUUAUUUCAAAAUGUACGACCCAGAGGCAAACAAAUAUGGCGGGGCCGACUAUAGCCAAUUCGAUAACACAAUGGCUUUCAGCGACUCCUCCAUUCGCGCUGGUAAGGGUUAUACAUGUAAUUCUUAACUGGUUGAAUUAGAUGUGAUAUGUUGUUGGUUUUUUCGAGGUUACUAAAUGAUGUAUUUUUUGCUUUUUGUCACAGGCUUCAUUCGAAAGGUAAGAUUUGGCCUGUGUUCGGUGCAUGUUGAUUAGAGUUUUUAUUUUGAUUCAGCUGUUUAAUUUUGUCAUUUAUAUGCAUAUACUUGCGCACACAUAAGGGUAACCUAUAUUAUCGGUUAAAAAUCACUGCCCUUAUUUUGGGUAGAUACGAAGGUUGGAUAAAGUAUACUCUUGACUUUGACUGUCUAGAAAAUGUAAUAUAAAUAUAGAGCUUCGUUAUCACAAAUUAUAUUCACGACAUUUUUUCCUUUUUAUCCUUACUUCGCCAUGACACCAAUUAAACGAACGUACACGUACCCACGUACAAGUGCUGUGAUGAUUAACUUGAGAUUUCUAGCAGAAACUCUAUUUAAACCACUCAAACCGUAACGUCGACAUUUAUACAUAGUGAAAGGAGGGACGGAAGUAAGGGAACUGAAUUACAUACACCCUCUGACAGGAAAUCUCCACUUGGCUCCAUCUUUAAUGGACUGGUCUGUUAUCAUGUGAGGGGUUAACAAAAUUGGUGGGAGUCCGAUUUGUUAUUUUUUAGACAGUAUGAUUCUGGGCAGUUUGAUUAGAUGAUGUUGCUGAUGAUCCUUUUGUAUGAAAACAAUAUAAAAACUGGAAAGUGAAGCAAAAUACGUAUGAAGUAAAUUUAUGCGAAAUUUAUUAAUUAGGGGACCUUUGUAACAUGAAAAUGAGUGCAGUAUCUUGCUAUAUUACAGCAUGUGCAGUUGAUGCAUAUUGUCUGAUUACUCAGGCAUGAAGUGUAAACUGCUCUGUGACACUACUGUCCAUGAUGCAUACACUCAUGUAUAAUAAUAUGAAUUAUGGGUGCCUUUUUAUUGGCUUUUGUUGGUGAUCUGUUGGAGGACAGAUGCUUAGAUGACAUUACCAUUAACAAAUUUUUGCUUCUUUAUCAUAUAAAACAAAUAGGUCAUGUAUUGCUGUGGAUCUGUUCAGUAACAGAUCAUAGAAGUUGUCAAAAUGUGUUACCCCUUUGACUCCAAAGAGUGACUAAAACAGAAUUCUCCUUACAAUAUCAAUACAAUAUCAAGCAGACAAGUGAUGAGAAUAAAGAAAAAUAUUAAUUAGGGGAUUAUAAGUUGAUACAACACCAAAUUCUCCAAACUAAUAUCAUAAGAACUGUAAGGAGACAGUAAGGAGAAUUACUAAUGAGAUCUUGGUAGUUAAAGGGUUAAGAGCAUUUUAGUUCAGUAACACACUCUCCACAUUUUGACAUCAUCUGUGAUCUAUUUUACUGAACAGAUAUAGAGCAAUAUAGAAUCUAUUUUGGAAUUAUAUAAGUUCACAAUUUAAGCUGCUGGAAAAAUUUGUACUAUUUAUACAAUUUUCCAAUGGUUUUUUUAAGGUUGUAGACGUGUAAUUGUGGCCAAUUUGACAUUGUCUGUGUAAACAAAACAAUCCCCACAAAACAAGAAAACAACUUUGUACAAGCAAACUCAAACACAAUGUUUUACUCAGUGAUUAAAAUCGACAUCUGGGGUAGCUGGUAAGACCUACAGAGUGACUGCUAUGUGCUCUUGCAGGACAUAAUUAUCAGUAAUGUUUUUGUUUAUGUCUAUUUUAUAGGUCUAUGCUAUUCUACUUGGCCAACUUGUCAUAACAAUGGCAUUCAUCUGUUUCUUCCUGUAUUGGUAAGGAAAAUAAAUUUGCAGAGAUGUAAAAUUGGAUAAAGCACUUUAGGCACCUUCUUGUAAUAAUAUUAAGGUUAACAUCAUUUUUAUCAUUUUUUCUUUAUUCAGUGAGCCUGUACAGGAAUAUGCAAUGAAACAUGUAGGAUUAUUUUAUGGAGCUUUGUAAGUGUGAUUUAUUUUUUUCAGUUUAUGCAAAAAUAACUUUGAUUUUAGUUGGAUACAAAUGCUGCAGUAAAUUAACAUCAAUCAUGUAUGUUAGGCAGGAUAGUUAUUGUCAAAUAAUCCCUUGGACAAUUACUGAACCUUUUGAGUUUAAUUAUGUUAGUUUGAUGAAAAAUGAUUACUAAAAAACAAGUGAUUGUUGGUCAGAGCAACUGCAUUGUCUUGUAUUUAUGUUUUUCUUUGUGAGCACACAAAAAUCAUUUCAAUUGAUAGCCAUGUAGAAAAUAAGUUCUUCACCUUUAAAAUCACCCUGCAUGGAGGACCUUAUCCAGUCACCUAAGCCAUUAUUUGCAUGCUUAUAAAUAUUGAAUAAUACAUUUGAUAUUCAUGCCAAUAACUUAAAAAGACAUCCACCUACUCUUUUUACUUCCCUUUUCAGUUACAAUGGUGUACACUUUCCAAAGUUUUUCUCACUUUUUUCAAUGUCAUGUUACAGGGCUGUCACAUUUGUCACAAUGAUUGCUAUGGCUUGUUGUGAGAGUGUAAGGUAAGAAUUCCUUUCUUGCUGUGAAACUAUAACAUAGUAUGGUUUGCAAUAAGAAUAUAAUUGGAUUGUCUCAUGGCAUGUCUCAAGUCCUUUUUUUUUAAGUUUCACAAUCGUUUAUUCUGUGUUUUCUAUCUUAUGAGAAAUCAAUGUUAUUGAAGAAUACAAAUGCUGAAAAAUUUUUUAGAGUUGCAGAGACAGGUUUUUUACAGGGCCAGAAAACCUAGGACAUCCUGGAAUUUUGUUUUGACAUUUCCCAGAACUGGAAAGUCCUGAAUAAUGUCAAUAGGUCCUGUAUUUGUACAAAGUCUUGGAAAUCUGUUUAACUCAUUUACAAGCAAUAAAGUUUUAAGAAUUUAUGCUAUAUGGAAUGUAUGUAGACCCUUAAGAGAACUGAUUUGGAAAUCUUGGAAAUGAAAGGGUUUGAGUUAAAAUUUGGAGAUCUGAAUCCUGGAAAAGUUUUGGAAAAAUCCUUGAAAUUUGUUUCUGAAAAAGGUUUGAACUUUGGAAAGAGAAGUUGCUUAUGAAAUCAAUAUAAACAACUUCUCUUAGUUGUUGUUUGACAUUUUCUUAGUUACUUAACGUUAGCUGAUGUUGUUAACUUGUUUGAUCUCCUUUUAGGCGGCAGUUCCCAACUAACAUGAUCUUUCUUGUACUUUUUGUGAGUACCUUCUACUUCAUUUGUGUAAUGUAUUCCUAAUUCCUGCAUCUAUCAGUGAGCACCCCCCUAAAGUAACCUAAAGACUGUCACAUUUCACUCCCCCUAUGUUACUGAACUGCACUGUAAAUGGAGUUUGUGAUUUGUCUUCAAGACUGAAUGCUUCAUUUUGGUCUAAAAUUAACACUGGAGGGGAAAUUAGAACUGAAUUUGAAAAUUUGAAAUUUUGCACUUGAUAUGUUAACUGAAUGUUUCAUGUAAUAUAUUAUAAAAACUGUAUACUUUAAUAAUACUUUUUCAUCAAGUUGUAAGAUAGAGAAGUUUUUCGUUUAAGCAAACUUCUGCUUGCUGUAUGUUUCAUUAGUUUCAACUUCGUUGCCCUCAGAAUCCCUGCAUUUCCAUUAUUGUUGACUCAUGUAAUGCUCAGAUAAGUGUGCAGUGUAGUUGAAUGAAUGAAUUUUAACCCUUUCAUUCCCACAAGUGACUAAGACAGAAUUUCUCCUUACAAUAUCAAUACAAUAUCAAGCAAGUAGGUGAUGAGAAUAGAGAAAAAUAUCAGUUAUGGGAUUAUUAGUUUAUCUAAUACCACAUUCUCUGAACUAACAUCAUAAGAAUUGUAUGGCAGAUAGUAAGGAGAAUUACUAAUUAGAUAUUGGGAGUGAAAGAGUUAAGGGUGUCACCCUUUUGUUGUCUAUUCGUGUUUUGAUACCAUAAUUAAAUGUUCUUUAGGUUAUAGGUGUAUUGAAUUUUGUUUUGUUUUGUUUUGUUGUUAUUUAGACCAUCUGUGAAGGAUAUCUUCUUGGUGCUGUAUCAAGGUAAAUUGUAGUCUGCUUUUGUGGACAUACAUCAGGUGGACAAUCUUGAGCUGAAAAAAAUUAAUGACCCUCUCCUCACUAUUGUGUCUGUUAUUAUAAUAUUUUAACAGAAUCACUGAAUCAUAAUCUGCCUUUCUUUGAUCAUGGUCAAUGGAUUUCAAAUUUUGGUUGCAAUUUUUUUGAGAUGGAGAUAACUUAGGACUAUUAAUAGAUGAAUACUUAAAUUUCCUUUGCAUUAAUUAUCACUUGAUACCCAAUUUUUGUUGCAAUUCUCACUUCAGCCAUAUACACACAACUAUUAUGUAUUAUAUGAACAAUACCAACAGUUUCUUACAUGCAAGUCAACUUUCCACAGUGUUUAUGAUAAAGAUGAGGUACUUAUGGCUGUUGGAAUAACUGCAGUAAGUUGCAGCCUUUUUGGUUUUAAGUUCUUAUGAUAUAUGCUGUAAUAAAGAUAGAACUGAGGAACAGGUCUGUCUAUUAGUUGAAGUAGAAGUCAAAUAUAAAGAAAUAGCAGACAGCCAGGUCGUUGUGGAUACCAUGUUUUAAUCAAAUUACGCUCAGUGCUGUGAGCUGUUCAGUUAAAAUGUACCAGUUGUUCCAAAAAGUUUGCACAAAGCUUUAAGCAGUGAAAGUGGAGUUGAUUAACACAUCUACAUGUAGCCCUUUACUUGUAAAUUUUAUAUGUAAUUCCACUAAAAAUUAGGAAAGGGUUGCAGUGGUUGGAAGUGGCUGGCUAUAAAAUGAUAGACUAGCCAUGGGUUUUGGCCCACCACCAGCUCUUGUUGACAGUUCUGGAAGGAAGAUUGCUAAAAAAAUACUUAAAAUGCAGCUGAUGGAACCAGUCAUGAUUACUUUUUGUAGGGGUUUAAACCAGCCUAAGUAUGGUCACUGAAGUUAAUGUGACUUUAAUUGUAUGCCAUGAAAAUUUUGUCAGCUAAGCAAUAUUGUAUGGUUAGCAGAAACUAAAUUCCUAGUAUGUGAGGAGAAUAUUGAUUAGGAGAGAAACCCAAAUUAGAAAUUGUUAAAUUUUCUUUGAGACAUACGGUCAGUAGAUGACUAGAUUUGAAUGAAUUUUGAGUUAGCAUGAGUUUGAAUAACUAAAAUACAAUUGAUACUAGCUGAUAUGCUUGUGGAGUUUCAUUUGGCUGAAGGUAGUGAAAAUUUUGCAGUUUGAUAGUGAGAAACCUUUUUUUCUGCAGAAAGAGAUAUUGGCAGGUUGAGGACUGUGCAAUAUCCAUGUGAAUUAAAAGUUAACUUUUCAAUAAUUCUUGUUGUGAAACUUUUUUAAAGGUUGUCGUUCUGGCAAUUACCAUUUUUGCAUUCCAGACUAAGGUGAGAGACUAGUAACCCUUCAAGUCAGUAUAACUUUUCAACAGAUGUUAUGCAAGUUUUGGCUGUAGGUGUUUCAUAUUGUAGGCCUGUAAUUUUCAGGUGAACCAUGGUUGCUGUUUUUAUAGUAAACUUAAGGUAGAGUUAGUUAAUCUUGGUCCCAGAGCUUGAGUUACUGAUCUGCAAUUUUGUCAGCAUCAAGAAUCAAGGGUUCCCAUUGAAACAAUAAUAUUGUUCUUGACAGUAUGACUUCACCAUGAUGGGCGGAUUUCUGUUGGUGGCUUUGAUUAUUCUCAUCUGCUUUGGCUUUUUGAUGAUCUUUUUUCACAGCAGGGUAAGAUGUAUACUUUACACUAUGCCUGCACAAUAGCCAUUUCCAUCUUAUCCAAGAGGGAGUCAUGGAAAAGCAUGAUAUAAGUAGGAGGGGGGGUCUUCUUCUUCCCUUCAUUUAUGUUUCAAUUCCUAGAGACUUGAACUUUGUUGUUGUUGUUGUUGUUGUUAUUGUUGUUGUCAGUAGUAGCCCUAUAUUCCAUGGGUUUGGUUUGGGACCAAAACAAAACUAGGUCAAGAAUAUUAUGUGGAGCAGGAUAAGUUUAAGACAAAAAAAACAAAGAAAGGGAUUUGUCUUUUAAUUUUUUACAUAUUCUUUACAGCUUUCUUUAUCUUUUUAAUACUUUCCACAUAUUCUUGGUGAAAGUAAUAUCAGAAGUUGAAUUUGGUUUGAAUUUACAGUUUCCUUUGAAGCUUUGUCAUACUAAUUACAGUUCAGAAAGACCAAAAGUAGAAAAUCAUGGUUGAUUACUAAUUUUAUAACCCAAGUUGUCAACCUGAAAAAUUUGUAUUAAACCUGGUAACUAUUUUCCAUAAUAUUUCAGGUUCUUUCAGUUGUCUAUGCUUCGCUUGGAGCUCUCAUAUUUGCCAUGGUAUGUUUCUUGGAAAAAUAGCAGGCAUUGUGCUGCUUUCAUUCUUCAGCAGUUGUGUCCAUUUAAUUUAAAAAAGUAAAAUGAAUGAUUUGGUUUUCCUUAGCACUGCUCAUACAUGUACCAAAAAGGCCUGAGGGGCAAAGAAAAUUAGUGACUCAAAUGAAAGAAAGUAAAGAUUAAAAUGACAGCCUGCAAGAGGCCUCAUAACAUAUGACUUCCACAUGGGGCCUCUGGUUACAAGUCCAGCCUGUUGAACACUCUUGCAUGCUGCCUCACAGAAAACCAAGUCAUGGACAAAAAACUUUUUCUAUUGAAGUAAUUUGCAGCCACAUUUUUGAGGUGUAAAAUCUUUGUUUACCUUGAAAUGCCUUCUCCGAUCUGAUAAAUUUUCUCAAAAUGCCCGAAAGAGAAUUCCAAGUGUCUACCUUCCACUAAUAAAGUUAUGUUUUGGACCCAGAGAAGUCUGACUUUAGGUAAAAGGUCUAUUGUGGAGCUCCAUUUAAUGCCCUCUAUUUACAGUGUAGUUUGUAUUUUUGGGGACAGCAUGGACUAAAAUGCUACUGUUUAAACAAUCAUACAGAUCAUCUUUAGUUAGUAUUUUGCUGUAAUAGUUACCACAUAACCUGUUGCUAUAGAAAUGUGUUUACCAGUCCCCUUCAACCUAACAUGUAAUAAUUCUUGGAACAUGGUGCUGGUCACUGGUUGGGAGAGUUAAUGCAUUGGCUUCCAAAGCAGGAGAUUGCUAUAACUUAUCUGUUGAGGUGUGUUUUAUCUUGCAGUACCUUGUGUAUGAUACACAGAUCAUGAUGGGUGGAGGCAAAAUGUACUCCAUCUCACCAGAAGAGUACAUAUUUGCUGCACUGAACUUGUACUUGGAUAUCGUCAACUUGUUCUUGUACAUCCUUCAAAUUAUCUCAGCAGCAAGAGGGGAUUAAAGAGCCAGCUACAAUGUGAGCACAGUUGGGAUCUGCGUCCACACGAUCAACAUCAAAAUUCUUAAGUCUGUUUUAUUACAUUUUCAGCAAUUUUUGUUUUGAUGGUUUGGUUCUUGGUCAUUUUCAUCUGCCUUUAGGAUUAGGUUUGUUUUAGUUGGAAGUACUAUGGUUUGAAAGCAUAGUAGUUAAACUAGUUUCCUUUGUAUCUGUUAUGUGGGUAGGUAUCCCUUACCCUCAGGCCCCCUUUAGCUUUGCCCUCGACUAAGACGUUAUUGGUUACCUCCCUUUUCGGCUCAAUGGAGUUUUGUUGGAACCAUAUGUUGUAUUAUGUGUAAACUUCGAUUGAGAUUUUUAGAAAUUGCACUUUUAACCAAAACUCAGCAACUUACUGGUAUGAGUUUAAAGUGCAGUUCUCGACAAGAGUAACUGAAAGAACUUAGAGAAUAUAGAGCAUAAGAUUUUUAAAAUAUAUGGCACUCGUUGAUUAGGAGAAAUUAAUUAGUUUUGAGUUUUGGCAUUCCUAAGAAUGCUUCACUUUAAAAAUGUUUUGUAUUUGCAAGUUGCUAUGUAAGAGCAUUAUGUCUAGAGUAAUAGUUGUAUUAUAGGAAGGUAGAGAGUUUGUUCUUGUUGCCUGGCAAGUGAUUGUCAGAGACAAAGUUUGAAAUUAAAAAUUUCAAGGAAAGUCCUCUAUCUCUGAUCAUUGAAAUUAUUUGAGGUUUGCUUGCACGGGUUGAAAGUUAUGUGGGAUUUCUCUGAUUUUGCUUUAACUCCCUCUGUGAUUGGUCGAGGAAAAUGCGGCCAUCUUGUCAGCCAAUGAGAUACAAAACAGAAAUCCAAACGUGACUUGGUUUUUCGCGUUUUCCCGCGGAAAGCUCAACUGGGAGCUAGGGACUGUCUUUAUUUCAUUUGGGCCUGGGGCACCUUUUGCUGAAUUUUACUUUUUUGCUAUUUUAUUGGGCAAGUGCUCUUAUGAUUUUGUCAAUUGUUUGACUCCACGUUCCUCAAGGAAAGGUUAACUGAUUAUUGAGGCUCCUGGAUAAACUUGUUUACGGGGCUAAAACUUUUUUUAUAGGUUUCGCAAAUUUUAAGACGUAAGAAUAAGUUCAGACAUGUAACUUUACAUAUUUCAGUUGAUAAAGAGGUUAUUGACGCAAACGGGUAACGCCAUAGAGUUGUAUCUGUGUGCCGCCACUGAUUUUUGUACGCGAUGUCGCAAACUCUGGGUAUGUAUCUCGAAUUAUUUCACCGGGCCAAGAUACGAGGAGGUUAGAGAUAUCGGGAACCUUAACUUUGGGUUUUUCUUAGAUAGCAUCAAUUACAGGUGCGAAAUCAAUGUGAUUUACAACUCAGCUCAUCUCAAUUGAAAAAUACCAUGUUUAUUAUCUGAUUAUCUCUGUGCAUUAAUUUACAGUCUGUGAAGCAUAGCUACGUCUACGGAAAAGUGUGAUUUUAUUUGUUUUCCUCAAGUUGCUCGUCAGUUCUAACUGUUUCUGAACCAGAAACCAGACUGGAAGAAGCCAGACUCACUGGGUAAAGGUUUAAUUACAGUUUGCUGCAAACCAACGAUAGUACUUAAAGUAGUAUUUAGUAUGUACACGAAAAAACAUGUAAAUAUUGGUGGAAUAUAUGCAUGGCAUGUUAUGUGCAGAAGUAAUAAUAUAUAAAGCGAUAUGUACAUGAUAAAGCCUAUAUCCUUUGGUAACGCUUUAUAGUGCAAUAUAUGUAUGGC